CGGUAAGACUGCCAAGCGUAAAGGUGGGAGUUCUUGUUAUUAUGCAACUAUCUUAAACUUGUCUCGAGUCUUUCCAUCUUAGGAAGCCGUUUAAGAAGAUUUCCCUCGUCCCGAAUCACCAUUGAUAUUAAAAUCUAGAGCUGCCUAUCUAACGUUGAACUAGCCAUCUAAUUUCUUAGCCUGUGAUUCACCUAGCGUUUAGGUGCUAGAACGCUGUUUAUAUUAUCCAUAUACCACUAGUAGACACACUCGAUUUCACUGCCGUCUUUAGCAACUGUCAACAUUUGCUAAGACAGAAACAUCGGGAAUAAAAGAAAAAGAACAGGAAAAAGAAGUGGUGGGCGAACUAAGUACAUCUAAAAACUUAUCGCGACCGUUUCCCCGGCUUGCCUAAAGCCGUAAUCGCGGCCCGUCGUCAUGAUUGGCACAUCGAUACCAGAGUACAUUUUCAUCCGUGUAUGCAUAUUCCUAGUGCAGUAUACGACGCCGCUGUGCAUAGCAUGGCUAGCCUUCUUGGCGGCGAUGCUCGGCUGGGCCGUACUAUCGCAUCCCCUUAGCAUGACGCUACUAGCCUACUGCGUCCUGGACACUCUGUACGCUAUACUCAUAUACAUCCCGCACAAUAGGCGGCUAAAGGAGGAAGCAAAGCAUCCACCGCCGCUGUCACGCGAGGAGCGUCGCGCUAUAUUCCAACGCUGCUUCGCAAACGUGCCCGACGCUCGGCGCUAUCUCCAGAUGUGGUUCCUUGGCGCAGACGAGUCUGAGAUACGGAGAGAUAACGUACGCGACUUCAUUCUCUGGGCCUUCUUCGACAGAUGGCCUGGCAAGGAGACCGAGGAGGAGGAUGCGGAACUCGACGAGUAUGUAGACGCAAUCGAGGAGCUGCUGGGUCGGAGAUUAGAACCGGGCAGAGGAAAGGCCGAGGGUCUCCGACUGACGUUGGACGAGGUGGAAACCCGAUAUAGAAGUAUUGUGUGGUAUUUGGUCGUGGGCGUGGUCGACUUUGUGUCGCAUUGCCAAUUAGUGCGGAGCGGGUUUCAUCAUCACGCGCAGUCGCCGUCUAGAAUCUUCUCCGUCAUCCCUCCGCGCCUACAAGACUUAUUCACUCGUAGAUACUCCGAGUCAGAAGAGUUAAGUUACUGGUACCGCCCCCAUACCGCCACCGGUAAGCUUCCUGUUGUGUUCCUUCACGGCAUCGGCAUCGGCCUCUACACGUAUGUGCCGUUCCUUGCCCAGCUCAAUUCGGAGUCGGGGGAACAAGAUGUGCAGGGUCAGAUUGGCAUUGUCGCGAUCGAGAUCCUCCCGAUUUCAUUCCGACUCACGAAGGAGCCACUAAGGAGGCCCGAUUUCCUAAGGCAGAUUGCUACGAUCUUGGAUGCGCACGGGUGGGACAGGUUUGUGUUGGUGUCCCAUUCGUACGGCAGCGCCUUGGCAACCCACAUGUUGCGCUCGGAAGACCUAGCCGACAGGAUUUCCUCAGCAGUACUCAUUGAUCCUGUGACUAUCUUAUUGCAUCUGCCCGAUGUAGCAUACAAUUUCACUAGACGCAGACCCAGGGAGGCCAACGAGUGGCAGCUAUGGUAUUUUGCGAGCAUGGAUCCUGGCGUCGCUCACUGUCUGGGCCGCCAUUUCUUCUGGAAGGAUAAUAUUGUGUGGAAGGAAGAGCUAGUGGGAGCGGCGAGGGGAUUAUCUGCGGAAGCGGUUGGUGUGGACGAUCAGGGGACCCGGGCUACUGCGAGACCGCUGCGAAAGGUGGCAGUUUGUCUCGCGGAACGAGAUUUGAUCGUUGAUACUUUGAUGGUUGCCCAAUAUUUGGGUGCCGACAGUGAUGGAUGGGUUGUCCCUAGCCAGACAAAUGGAAGGGAUGCCAGUUCUAAGGGGUGGUCCAUGGGGCAGUCCAUGGGGCAGGAUAGAUGGGGUAAUGGUUAUCUCACGCGCGACGGGGUUGAGUUGCUCUGGUUCUGGGGAUUGGACCACGCUCAAGUAUUUGAUACCAAGGAGAACCGGGACAGACUUUGUGGCGUCAUACGCCGUUACUGCACAGAAUAGAUGUACACCCCCUGGCAACGCCGCGAUUGUCCUGUUUACUGGAUGUCGAGAACUGCGUAAUCAAAUGCCACCACCCUCCUGGCGCUUGGACAUACGCACCUGGAUGUGCAGAAUUUACAGUAUGUGAAUGCCACUUUAUUCCCGGCGGCAUCAAUCAAUUGCAUCUGCCUUUGCUUCGUCGCCUCCCCAGCCCGUCAGGUAGACCACUACAGGUUCAGGGCCGCUUCGAAUCAGGAUCCAGACAACAUUCUCAUUAGUUUCGUUGAUUUCCUGGUGCUCUGUCCAUGGCGGAACAAAUGCAAAGUCGCCCGGGGACAGUUCGUGCCUCUUAGGCUCUUCGUCAGCGCCGGAGCUGGUCACCAAUCUAUUACCUGUCAGCAUCCCCCCUAGAAAAUCCUAGGCGUCGUAGCCUAUCACUAAAGAGCAAAUGAACCACAUAGGGUGACACAAGAAUCACUCGGGGAUUAUGACAUACUGUGGAUAAGUUAGCUUCAGUGGUAUUGAUGUGAUAGCGGCUAUCUAGGUAUAAAGACCAAGGGAUGACUUGAUGCUUUCACACCAAAACUGCUCCUUUACGUA